AUGAACUCCAAGCAGCUCCUCUCCCUCGGAGCUACGGUCGCCCUCUUCGGCGGCCAGGCCUCUGCCUUCUGGCGCAUGGAGUGCCGCGGCGUCAGUGGACAGGCUCGUAUCGACCCUCUGGUCAACCCAGGAGUCGCUGCUGAUCACAUCCACGAGAUCUUCGGCUCUGGCGGCUUUAGCGAGACCACCGACUAUGCUUCCCUCGUUGGAGCCAACUGCACCUCGUGUGGUGCGACCGAGGACAAGUCGGCCUACUGGACUCCCAUCCCCUACUUCAAGGACGCUUCUACUGGCGAGUAUGAGGCCGUCGCUGAUGUCGGCGGUAUGCUUGCGUACUACUUCUUGAACGGCGACGACAUCAAGGCUUUCCCCCAGGGAUUCCGCAUGAUUGCCGGAGACACCAACCGCCGUAACUACUCGGUUGGUGACGGUGACUACCAGGCGCCCGACCCUGAUAAGUCGUCUUGGAAGGCCCUGAACCAGGUCGGUCAGGCUGAUUUGGCCCAACGGGCACUUGGUUUCAAUUGCCUGGACUACUCUAAGGCAGCAGAGGGCUCUCUGUACCGUCACUUCCUGCCCUCCAAGGACUACAUCGAUAGCAACUGCCCCGACGGAAUCCGCUUCGAGCUCAUGUUCCCGUCGUGCUGGGACGGCAAGAACCUGGACUCCGAUAACCACAAGGACCAUGUCGCUUACCCUGACCUGGUCAUGAAUGGUGACUGUCCCUCGGACUUCCCUGUCCGCUUGCCUGGCCUCUUCUACGAGACAAUCUGGGACAUGCACAGCUUCAGCGACCGCGACGGCAUCUUCGUUAUGUCUAACGGUGACCCUUACGGAUUCGGCUACCACGGUGACUUCAUCAUGGGCUGGGAAGAGAACGACAGCUUCACGCUUCAGGACGCCGUUGACACUUGCACUGCCAGCUCUGGCCGGAUUCAGGAUUGCCCUCUCUUCACCAUCCAGGACCAAGCGACCCAGCAAGAGUGCAAGAUCGACCUCCCUGGAGCGCUCCUGAAGGAGGAUACUGCUGGCCCACUGAGCAGCCUCCCCGGAGAUGUUCCUAUCUUCUGGGGCCCGGGUCCUGCCUCUGCUGCCUCCUCCGAGACAAUCGUUCCCACGUCCAUCGUCAUGCCCACGCUCACCUACUCUGCCGGCUCAACUGCGUCUGUCAACGGCAGCUUCUUGCCAGGUAAUGCCUUCAAGGCCGCCAGCACCGGCACAGCCACGCCCAUGGCUGAGGCCGUUAAGGGAGCUGCCAUCGUCACCCCUGCCAUUUCCUCAGCGCCUGCUGGCGAGACCGCGAUUCCUACGGCCACCUCUUACGUGACCACUACCCUCGCCGACGGCACCGUUAUGGUCAACGAGAUUGUCUACGAGGAGGUGAUUGACUACGUCACCACCGCUACGACUACCACUGUCUUCGUCGACCCCACCGAGGCCCCUGCGGCUCGCCGCCGAAGUGCUCAUGCCCACAACCGCCGACACGUCCAUGGUCGCGUGCACUAA